AAAUCUUUAUUUUUGUAGCGGGAAUUUCAAACUUUGUUAUUGAUGGGUGAAGAAAAUAAGAUUUUUCGGCUUUUCUAAAUCGUGCCAAAGUAAAGAACAUAAUCAAAGAUUUACCAUGAUUAGGAGGUUUAUUCAAAGCAAACUUCAAAAUAGAUCUAUAUCGAUCCUCUCUCAGCUUUGGCAUGGACCACAAGCCACCGCCGGAGGCGUUGAGGCUGAGAAAAGACUGCAUAACUUGCUACAGUCGGCGUUUCCAAAAGCACACACCAUUCAAGUUGCAGACAUCUCAGGUGGGUGCGGUGCGAUGUACGAAAUCUUAGUCAAAGCUCCCGAGUUCAAGGGACUGUCCAUUGUGAAACAACACAGACUUGUCAAUGAGGCGCUCAAAGAAGAAAUUAAGGAGAUGCAUGGGCUGAGAAUAUCCACAUCCGCACAAUAAAUUUAAAUGUUUUAGGUGAGUGUGAUAUUAGAGAGGUUGUGUUUAAAAUAAAGUUGUACGAAUGUAAGAGUAAAUUUUAAAUUGUCUCACAAUCAGUUAAAAA